UUUUUAUUUUGUUUUGUUUGAUUUUUCUUUUUGAGUUUUUUAGGUACCUUGUUCGUGUUCUACGGUGUGAUAGCCAUCUACCACGUUCGGACUUGAAGACGAAGGAGUGUAUUAUUUUAGGUAAAAAUAAAAAAUAAAAAUAAAAAAGUGAAUGCACACGCGAUCACAGGGUACACCACCGUUUGGGUUGCUCUGUUAUCAAAGAAGAAGAGUUAGAGGAUCGCCUACUGAAAUCUUCCCGGACUAUCCGAGUCCAAUCAGAGGCAACUUGUUCAGCGAGCCGAGUACAGAAAGAGAUUCAGAAUCAGAAAGUGAGAUGGCAGAUAAUAAUGAGAUACCACCACCUGUUGUGAGGUUUGGCGAUACACUGAGAUCGGGAAUUGAGUACCCCGGAGAGUUUGCUUAUGCGAACAACAACAUCAACAUUCCACCUCACUAUAUUAGUUUGGUGAAUGGGGGGAAUCUUUUCCAUGGACGGGAUGAUGAGGACCCGGUGAGCCACCUCAAUGCCUUCUACGAGUUGACGAACUCUCACAGACCCCCGAAUGUGGAACACAAUCUAAUCAAGAGGGUCUUAUUCCCAUUCUCUCUGAGGGAGAAAGCAAGAGCUUGGUAUGACUCUAUCCCGGGCUACAACAUAGCAACGUUCCAAGAGUUGAAGACGUUGUUCCUCUUGGAAUACAAUUCUCCUAUGAAGAUUGAGAAGUUGAGAGAGGAGAUCACCUCUUUCCGACAAAAGUAUGACGAGUCCUUCGCGGAAGCAUGGAAGAGAUUCACGGAAUUGAUAAGGAAAUGCCCAAGUCACGGACUAGCUCCGGGGCAUGACCUUUUGAAAUUCUACAAGGGACUCAACAGUGAAGGCACGGGAUUGGUGACUGCAGGUUCGAAUGGGAACCUAGAUGAUCUAACUCACGAUGAGGUGAGGGCUUUGUUUCAAAGGCUGGCCAACAAUCAACGGAAUUGGCACAAUCCAAGGCGAGGGGCUGAUAGAGCGGGAGAUACAUUUGGUGCUACCAAGGAUGCGGAAAGAGUGACCGCAAUUGAGGCUCAACUGGCGGACAUUAGCACUCAAAUGUCGUCGAUGACAAAGGCAGUUAAAUCUCUUCAACUGACUCCUCAACCCCAAGCUGUGACGGUGAUGAGAUGUGGGUUGUGCCAAGGCGGGCAUCAUACUGAUCAGUGCCCAAGUCUUCAAGGACCACCUGUGGAAGAUGUGAACUAUAUUGGCAACAAUCGCCAAGGGUUCAAUCAAGGCAACCAAUACAACAAUCAGCAAAAUUGGAGACCUCAACAAACGGGAUGGAAUCAGGCUGGUCCUAGCAACAACUCGGGAAAUCAAUGGAGGAACAACACUCAACCGCCGGGUUAUGAGAAGAAGCCAACCGUCGAGGAUCAGUUGGGGCAGAUUCUCUCUUUCAUGACUAAGAGUCAAAAGGAGAACGAAAAUUUCAAGGAAAGGACGGUGGAAAAGUUUGGGCAGAUGGAUGCGACAAUGAGGAAUCUUGAGACGCAGAUAGGGCAGCUUGCCACGGCAUCACACACGAGGAUUCCUAACACCAUCCCGAGCAAUACCGUACCUAAUCCGAGAGGCAAUGAACAGUGUAAGGCAGUGGUCUUGAGAAGUGGUCGUGAGUUGGAUUCGACACCAUCAAUGGACGGCCAAGGUACUUCCGGCAUCUCACACGCAGGGGCGGAUGAGAUGUUAGGCUUGCAUUCCUCGCACGCAGGGGCGGACGAGGCAUGUAAGGGAAGUCCCGCGUUGGUGCAGGGUGCCCAACAUGGUCAAGAACAGGCUGCAUCCGGCAGCAAGGAAAAUGGUGUAGAAGCCGAGUUAAGUGAGAAGUUUUUGGCAGAAAAGAAGGGAAAGCAGAAAGUAGAGAUGGGAUCAAAUGGACAGCUGAUGACAAGUCCGGCAUUAGACCCGAAAAGCAAGUUCAACUUCCCUGAUCACAUUCCUCCUCCACCAUAUCCACCGAAGAGGAAGAAGAGAGCUCCAAAGGAGAAAAGCUUCGAGUGGAUGAUGAACGUGAUUCGAAAAGUGAAUGUGGAUGUAUCGUUGGUGGACCUCUUCACUAAUUUCCCCAAGUUCUCCAAGUUCUUUAAGGACAUGAUGGCAAACAAGGAGAAACUUCAAGACGAGGGAAUAGUGGCAUUGAGCAUGAAUUGCUCACAAUUGAUUUCGGGAAUGAUGCCCAUGAAGAAGAGGGAUCCGGGAAGUUGUGUGAUUCCUUGUGAGAUAGGCAACACAAUUUUCACCAAAUGUCUAUUGGAUCAAGGAUCGGGGAUCUCACUGAUGGCAUUGAAAACAGCACGUGCCAUUGGACUGGAGAACAGAAUGGAGCCCAUCGACAUUGCUCUACAACUGGCUGAUCAUUCCAUUGUGAAGCCCACUGGAAUAGUAGAGGAUGUCUUGGUCAAGGUAGACAAGUUCGUCAUCCCCGUUGAUUUCAUAGUAUUGGAUAUGCCCGAGGACAAAGAGGUGCCAAUUCUGUUUGGCAGACCGUUUCUUGCCACAGGGGACGUGUUGCUAGGAGCAAAGGACAACUCGGUCACGUUUAGAAUUAAUGGUGAGCAAGUGACCAUUAAUGUGGAGAAAGCGAUGAAGCAUCCUAGUGAUGCAAAAGCGUGCUUUAGAGUUGAUGUCCUCGACAAGUGUAUCUUUGACAAGAUGCGUUGCUCGGCAAGUAUAGAAGGAAGUGUUUAUGAUAAGGGGAGCUUGGAAAGAGACUUUGGUUCGACAAUUAAAGUUGAUUUUCAUUUUGAUGAAAGUGAGGAUGCUCAAAUUGAUCAACCAAGUCUAGAGAAUGAAUGUGUGGUGGAUACUUUCGUGGCGGAUGUGCAGCCCUCAAUUGAAGUACCACCAAAGCUAGAAUUGAAGCCACUCCCGACAAAUCUGAAAUACGCAUUCCUUGGUGAGGAUGAAUCUUUACCGGUUGUGAUAUCGGCGAUGUUGAAUGAUGAAGAGGAAUUGAAGUUGAUAGAGCUACUGAAGUCACACAAGAAAGCUCUAGGUUGGUCCAUUGCCGACAUCAAAGGAAUUAGCCCCGCAAUAUGCAUGCAUAAAAUCUUGAUGGAAGAUGGAGCUAAGCCGGUAAGAGAGAGACAAAGGAGGUUGAACCCACUUAUGCAGGAAGUGGUUGAAAAAGAAGUGAAGAAAUUGCUGAAAUAUGGGAUGAUCUAUCCCAUUUCCGAUAGUGAGUGGGUUAGCCCGGUACAAUGUGUACCAAAGAAAGGGGGAAUAACCGUGACCGUCAAUGAGAAGAAUGAGGUUUUGGCAACUCGAUUGGUGAACUCAUGGAGAGUUUGCAUGGAUUAUAGAAAGUUGAAUACGGCGACGAGAAAAGAUCACUUCCCGUUGCCAUUUCUGGAUCAGUUGCUCGAUAGGAUUGCGGGUUAUUCCCAUUAUUGCUUUCUAGAUGGAUAUUCGGGGUACAAUCAGAUUGCAAUUGCCCCGGAAGAUCAAGAAAAGACGACAUUCACAUGUCCUAUUGGAACUUAUGCCUUCCGUCGGAUGCCUUUUGGUUUGUGUAAUGCACCGGCUACAUUCCAACGUUGCAUGAUGGCAAUUUUUUCUGAUAUGAAUGAAGACAUCAUGGAGAUCUUCAUGGAUGAUUUCUCCGUCUUUGGAUCCUCAUUUGACUUUUGCUUAGAAAACUUGAGACGGGUCCUACAAAGAUGUGAAGAAUCAAAUCUCGUGCUCAAUUGGGAAAAGUGUCAGUUCAUGGUCAAGGAAGGCAUAGUGUUGGGACACAAGGUGUCAGAGUUGGGGUUGGAGAUGGAUAAGGCGAAGAUUGAUGUGAUCUCAAAGUUACCUCCCCCAACGAAUGUGAAGGGCAUCCGUAGUUUCCUUGGACAUGCGGGAUUCUACCGACGUUUUAUAAAGGAUUUUUCAAAGAUUGCAAAGCCACUUUGCAACUUGCUUGAAAAGGAUGCCAAGUUCGUCUUUGAUGGGAAAUGCCUUGAGGCAUUUGAAUUGCUGAAGAAAAAGCUAGUCGAAGCUCCUAUUAUUAUCACACCCGACUGGUCAAAGCCGUUUGAGCUGAUGUGUGAUGCUUCGGACUAUGCUGUGGGGGCCGUUCUAGGCCAAAGGAGAGACAAGGUUCUACACGCUGUCUACUAUGCUAGCAAAGUACUCAACGAAGCUCAACUGAAUUACACCACGACAGAGAAGGAAAUGCUAGCAGUAGUGUAUGCUUUUGAGAAGUUUCGUGCUUACUUACUUGGCACGAAGGUGGUAGUGUUUACGGAUCAUUCGGCUAUCAAGUACUUGAUGAACAAGAAAGAUGCAAAGCCUCGGUUGGUGAGGUGGAUCCUUUUACUACAAGAGUUUGAUGUGGAAAUCAAAGACAAAAAGGGGACCGAGAAUUUGGUAGCCGAUCAUCUGUCUAGAUUAGAGGGAUUGGAAGAGACGGAAGAUGAAAGAAAGAAAAGGAUAAAUGAGAAAUUUCCCGACGAGCAAGUGUUGCAAGUGGAGGCUCGGGAAACAUAUGUGCCGUGGUUUGCCAAUUUGGCAAACUACCUUGUCACGGGCAUUAUACCAGAAGGGUUGUCAUCUAACCAAAAGAAGAAGUUUUUGAGUGACACCCGCACAUAUGUUUGGGAAGAUCCGUUUCUCUUCCGGAUUUGUAGUGAUGGAGUGAUUCGAAGGUGCGUUGGAGAGCAUGAGCACCUUCAGAUUUUGUCUGCAUGCCAUGAUUCGUUGUAUGGCGGCCACUUUGGAGCACGACGAACUGCUUUUAAAGUGCUUCAGUCCGGAUUCUUUUGGCCAUCGAUCUUCAAGGAUGCAAAAGCCUAUGUAGAACGAUGUGACAGUUGCCAAAGAGCCGGCAAUAUCUCGUGGAGGAAUGAAAUGCCGAUGAAUAAUAUUCACGAGGUAGAACUUUUCGAUGUUUGGGGAAUAGACUUCAUGGGACCGUUUCCCAAGUCUAAUGGGCAGCAAUACAUUCUCGUUGCUGUCGACUACGUAUCUAAGUGGGUAGAGGCAGUGGCCUCGGCAACCAAUGAUGCCAAAGUGGUGUUGAAAUUUAUCAAGAAUCACAUCUUUAACCGCUUUGGGACACCACGAGCCAUUAUCAGUGAUGGAGGAACUCAUUUUUGCAACAAAUUGUUUGAAAACCUCCUAGGAAAGUAUGGUGUCCAACACAAGGUUGCUACCCCUUAUCAUCCCCAAACAAGUGGUCAAGUUGAAGUCUCCAAUCGUGAGAUAAAGCGGGUGCUUGAGAAAGUUGUAAGGCCGUCUCGGAAGGAUUGGGCUCAAAAGCUAGAUGAUGCUUUGUGGGCCUAUCGAACGGCGUAUAAGACCCCGAUUGGAACUUCACCAUACAAAUUGGUAUUUGGGAAGGCUUGCCAUUUGCCGGUAGAGCUUGAGCAUAAAGCUUUUUGGGCUUUGCAAAAGCUUAAUUUGGAUUAUGAUGCUGCAGCCGAGAAGAGGAUGUGCGAUAUGAAUGAGAUGGAUGAGUUUAGGCUUCAUGCAUAUGAGAGCGUUGAUCUCUACAAAGAGCGUGCUAAGAGGGUACAUGAUGCAGCCAUUAAGCCUCGUCAAUUCCAUGAGGGACAACUGGUCCUUUUGUACAACUCUCGGCUUAGACUGUUUCCGGGCAAGCUCAAGUCAAGAUGGUGGGGUCCCUAUGUGGUGCACAAGGUAUACCCCUAUGGUGCUGUGGAUGUUCGGGAUCAGAAGAAUGGUAGCAUUUGGAAGGUGAAUGGCCAACGCUUGAAGGCCUAUGUUGGAGUUGAAAGUGGCACGGAGACAGAAGAGGUGGUCAUACUAGAGAAUCCGAAAGUGUAG